AUGGUGAUGGCAAGCAACAUUCCCAUCAAGCUGACCAUGUCUUCUCAACAAAACAAAGACGAAGAACAAAAGUUUACCAUCCAACCACAUCCUCAAGAUAAUCAUUCAAACACAAAUGCUCCUUUGCAACCUGUAAAUGCUACCCAAGCUGCACUUUCAGGCACUCCGGGUCCUGUCGUGAUUGAUCCAGCUACGGCUAGCAAAUUGGAAACUCCAAAAAGCGAGGAAGAACUCGCUCAAUUAUCUGCAAAAUUGAACAAGAAUGAUUAA